GUUUAAGCGAUUUACUGAUGAACCAGGCUGACAAAUUCACAGCAGAAGAGGUGGAUCAGGCUUUCACUGUCGCACCGAUCGACCCACUGGGCAACAUCGACUACAAGCAGCUCUGCUMCAUCAUCACACGGAGAUGAGAAGGAAGAGUCCUGAAAUUCAGCUAAACACAUUCAAGACUGUUUCAAAUCUGCAGCCUUUAUAUGGCUAAAUAAAUAGUGACAUUUCCGGUCACACAAAAAAUUGCAAAGAUUUCUGCUGAAUGUGAGAACUGGAUUAUUCAUUGUUAAUGUGAAUAAAGUUUUGGACUCAUGAAAGGA